AUGGUUGGAAAGGAGAAGCGGAUUAUGAAAAAAUAUGCUAAAGUAAAAUAUAUAAAUAUUUAUAAUUUUAAUAAUUAACAACUAUUUUGCAUGAAAGCUAAAGCCUCCUAAAUUUCUCCAGAUAAAUUAUAUGCUUCACUUCUCAAAAGGAAAAGUGAGCAAGAAUAAUAAGCCAGAUUGAAAUCACCUAUCAUAAAUGCAAACAAGUACUACAAUCAAUUUACUAUUUAGAUAUCUAGUACCCAGCAAUAGGAAUGGAGGUGGCAAUUCAAAAAUAGAAGCCAAAAAAUCAAGACCAGCCAGUGGAAAAGAUUUCAAAGAUGUUAGCAGUGUAUUGCUCAAAAAAACUCAUGCACGUUAGAACAGCAAAUUAAUUGAAACCAAAGAAAAUUCACAAAACUUAUCUGCCAAUGCCUUGUCAAUCUUAUUAAAAAUCAAGUAGGACAGGCCUGAAACUAAAUAACCUGUAAUUCAGUAAAACAAAGAUCUAUUCAAUCAACAAGGCAUUUCUAAAAAAUACCAAUAAUUAAUGGAAAUGACUAAGUAACAACAGCAAUCCAUAGUUAAAUCCAAAUUAUUUAAAGGACCUCGUUCAAUUAGUAAUCCAGAUAUUUCAAACUUGCAUCUCUACAUAGCAAAAGCAAAUGGAUUGAGUGCACCUGGAAUGCUAUAUAAUGGUUAAACUAAAACCAAUUAAGAUAUCUACAAACUAAUCAAUAAAUUUAACAACAAAGCGAAUGAUUGGUAUAUUUAAGUUUCGGAUGGACAUGGCACAAAUGGCCACUAAGUCGCUCAAUUCUUAUAAUAAGUCUUACCUACUUUCAUUGAAUAAGGAAUCUAGACCAUCUCAUCUUGUUAUGAUAGAGACAAGUACAAUAUUUAAUUAAUUCUUAGAUAAGUUAGCACAAUCCUCAAAAACUGUUUUUUAUAAACUAAUGAAGAAUUACUUGACAGUGGAAUUGAUGUCACUUACUCAGGUGCAACCACUGUAACAGUGAUUUCCUUUGAAAAUGUAUUAUACUGCGCCAAUAUUGGUGAUAGUCGAGCAAUAAUAGGAAGAUUCGAUAAUAAAUUGUCAGUAAUUGAGUUGUCGAAAGAUCAUAAACCUGAUUGCUUUCUAGAGUAAGCCAGAAUCAUUCAAAGAGGAGGUCGUGUGCAGGCAUAUAGUGAUGAAGAUGGCAAUCCUGUUGGACCUGCUAGAGUUUGGAAAUCAGAUGAGGAUGUCCCAGGAUUGGCUAUGUCAAGGAGUUUCGGAGACUAUGUUGCUAGUUAAGUUGGAGUGAUUUGCGAACCUGAAAUAAUAAAACAUUCUCUUUUGCCUUGCGAUAAAUUUAUUAUUGUUGCAUCUGAUGGAAUAUGGGAGUACUAUUGAUAAUAAAAAUUAGAUUCCUCUCUAAUGAAUGGGUCAUUGAAACUGUUUAUGAAUAUUAUAAAAAAGAUGAUACUCAAGGUGCUUGCCAAAGAUUGAUUUAAGCUGCAAGAGAAGCAUGGUAAAGAGAAGAUGAAGUCAUAGAUGACAUUACAGUAGUGAUUGCAUUUAUUAAAUGA